GUGGGUUGUGGCCUACAACAGCCCUGGUGUGAAUGUGAACUGUUGGAAAGUUCUCCGCUGUGAAUAAAGCGAUUGAAGUGCAUCGGCGACGUCGCACCGGCGGGAGAGCGCAGGGUGAGAAGCAGCCACAAGUGGAGUCGGACUGGAUCGGUCCACCUACCAAGAAGGAGAAAGCACGACACAGCAAACAGACGAAUAACCCCGAAGGAGCUAUCACCCGACUAUUACCAUGAUCCAUAUGUUUUUACCACUGAAGAAUCUGCGACGGAAUGGCAAAUCUGUUCUUUUUGGAGCUAUUCUGCUAGUGGGAGCGGUGGUCGUCUACCAUGAGAUGGUCGCGACCAAAUCAUGGAACGAUGGCACGGGUACAAAUCCAGAUGACGGCAGCAGCUGGAGGGCACCCAUGUUUGACCAAAGGUUUAAAGGGCAGGCCAAUUUGCAUGUCUUUGAGGACUGGUGUGGCAGCUCCACGGAUGGACUGCGCCACAACCUCCACUACCCACUGUACCCUCAUUUCAGGACCACAGUGCACACGCUGGCUGUGUCCCCUCAGUGGACCAACUACGGGCUUCGCAUCUUUGGUUAUUUACAUCCUUACGCUGAUGGUGAGUUUGUGUUCGCGUUGAGCUCUGACGACAACUCGGAAUUCUGGCUCAGCACGGACAACUUUCCUUCCCAUUUGGAGCUUCUUGCAUGGGUCGGAAAGACGGGCUCUGAGUGGACAGCCCCGGGCGAGUUUGACAAGUAUGUAAGUCAGAUCUCCAAACCAACUCGGCUUUCUGCACAGAGGAGGUACUUUUUUGAAGUCAUCCACAAGCAGAAUGACAGAGGCACUGACCAUGUGGCGGUGGCUUGGAAGCUCUUGGAUGAAGAUUCCAGGUUUAUGGUCAUUGAAUCCAAGUAUAUUUCUCUCUAUGUUAAUGAGUCGGCAUUGUUAAUGAGCGAUGUUGCACACAUACCGAAGACACCUGCAAGCCACCAACGGCCCCUUCCGCCAAAUCGCACCGCAACUCCAGACAUGCUGAGGGAAGACCCGCGAGAUGCCCUCUACCAAGUGCCUUUGAUCGACGGCGAGCUCCUGCAAGGCGUUCUGCCUAACUGCUUGUACAAACCCACCUACACCAUCAAAGACUUUCCACUCGCUCGAUACCAAGGGCUGCAGUAUGUCCACUUGUCCUAUGUAUUUCCCAACGACUACACUCGACUCACACACAUGGAGAAAGUGAACAGCUGCUUCUACCCAGAGAACCGCAGCUACAAGAAAAGGUUUGUUUUUUCUCGCAAGGAGGUCCAAAAAUGGCCAGAUGUGGACGUCAAGAAGGGGCGAGUCGAAGCGGAUGUUCACAACACGGAAGAAAGCAAGAGACAGAGUGACACUGACACUUUAUGGGGACCAAGAGGAGACUUCGAAGGGCUGGAGGGUGAUGACUUCUCCCCGGUGUCAGUGUUUGAUGCUGAGGUCAACUGGAGCCAGACCUUCGAGGUGAAGCAAUUGGACCUGCAGGCCAUGCGCUCUGACCAGAUCGAUCUGCACUGCAACAUCUCUGGAAACCUGCUGAUCAACUACAGCGACGCUCUGCCCAUAGUCAAAGCUUUUAUGGACAAGCUCAAUGACAAGCAUGAAAAUGGCUUCACACUAGUACGUGUGGUUAAUGUGGAGAAGCAUUUGGAUGGGGUCAAGGGCAGCCGCUACUUACUGGAGCUGGAGCUGAAAGACGCCAAGCGUCAGCUGCUUCGUCUGUCACACUACAUCUACGCUCCAGUUCGCCGCCGCACUCCAUCACGCAGCAAGAACUUUUUACAGCGACGGCUGAAGCCUGAAAUGAUGCUGUGCAAUCCGGUCGGCUUCAGUUGGAACCCUGUGGCCACAGUCCAUUUCAUCGUGCCAGUGAAAAAUCAGGCCCGCUGGGUGCAGCAGCUGAUUGAUGACAUGACCAACUUGAUUAAGGUGACGGGCGACUCCAAUUUUAAUCUCAUCAUUGUGGACUACAACAGCACCGACAUGGACGUGAAGACGGCUUUGCAGAAGUCCUCUCUGCCCAGGUGGGCUUUACGGCACCAGUAUGUGAAGCUGAACGGUAACUUUGCACGAUCUGCAGGUCUGCAAGCAGGCAUCAACCUUAUAAACCAGGAUUACCACAGCAUUGUGUUUCUCUGUGACCUCCACAUCCAGUUUCCUCCCUCCAUCAUUGAGUCCAUUCGGAAGCACUGUGUGGAGGGCUUCAUGGCCUUUGCCCCCAUUGUUUUGAGGCUGGACUGUGGGGCCACACCUUUUGAAGGCAGAGGUUACUGGGAGGUAAAUGGCUUCGGCUUACUGGGCAUUUAUAAGUCUGAUCUGGAUGCAGUGGGAGGAAUGAACACAAAGGAGUUCACCGACCAGUGGGGAGGAGAAGACUGGGAGCUGCUUGACAGGAUCCUCCAGGCAGGACUGGAGGUGGAACGGAUUUACUUACGGAACUUUUUCCACCAUUAUCACUCCAAACGCGGCAUGUGGAACCACAACAUGCCACCCGGAAAAACAUGACCACGCCUCCUCUCCCUCUACGGCAUCCAAAAACCUUUAGAGCAGGGGUCACCAACGUUUUUUCUUGCGAGACCUACUUUUAGAAAAAGAAAAUGGCCACGAGCUACUCAUUUUUGUAGAAAUGAUUUUCAUACCUUAUUUCAACCCAAACAGAUCACAUAUGCUUGUUUUACCAAAACAUUCACAAAAUGCUGGUAUCCACAACUCACAUUUUAUGUUUCAGAAUACUUUUCUUUCUAGUGUUCUCACAUUAUUAACUGAAAACCUGAAUGAAAAGCAGGCCUGCGGGCGCCUCAUGUGGUCGUGGGGGGCUACCUGGUGCCCGCGGGCACCACGUUGGUGACCCCUGCUUUAGAGUGACAGGAGUCACUUUAAAGUUGGAGCCCAAUUCAUGACUCCUGCUUCCUAAUUGUCAUGACUACUGAUCAGCAAGCAGACAGGGUGACCACUCAGGAUCCUUCUAGCUCGCAGUCAAGGUCGUCGCUAUGGAGAUUUUACUGAUAAAAUCAGUGUUGUUUCCACUGUGGGUACUGCUGACUCAAAAAGAGGGUACUAUUUAAUGCCUUUGUAAAUGAAGAUACUGUAUGUUGCUGACUACAUCAUAAUGAUGUGCACUACUGGCUGCAAGGACCUCACCUAAUUUACGACACUCCAAGGAUGUGUACACACACCUGUAUUGUGUAUGUAUUAUGUAUUGCACAUUAGUCUGAACUGGAAAAUUUCUAUUAUAGUAAAAUAUGUAUUUGUCAGCAAAGUGUCUGUCAUGGAAUAAAUUUUGGAAAACUUAACUUAUUAUGACAGUAAUGUCUCUGUCAAGUAGUCUUGUUGUAGAUGUCAUCAUCUAAUGUACAGACUUAAUAACAAUAAUAAUAUUGCAUCAAGUCAUAAUUGUUGGAAGCUUUUACCAAACAGAGAUUUAAUGUAAUAUAAUGUGUUUACCAAAGAACUUAUCCCAAUCCGAUAUAAAUUCCAUUUUUCAGUUGCAGUGCAUGAUAAAAUCAAACAGGAAAUGUUAUGUUAAUGACAUGAGCUGAAUGUGUUUUUUUUUUUAAUACUAUUUUUUUUUUCAGCAGCUAUCUGAUUGUUCACAUCAAUUUUUAAUAUGGUGCUAGCCAAUUAUUCAAAAUUAAUGCAGCACAUCUGCUUAAUUUUGGUCCAAUGCAUUCAGUUUGUGAAAACUCACUUACCGUAUCUGUCAUUUUUCUUAAUGUCUGACUUUUGUACAUUGUGUGACCCUCUCAGGGAUGAUUUUUGUUACAUUCAAAGCACACUGCCUUGUCACAUUUCAGAAAUAAAUGUAUCCAAAGAA